AUAAAGUUGACAUCAUCAUUUCAGCAGCACAACUAGACGACCAUGUGCGCACUGUACUUGCAUCUUUUGAUACGCAACUGUUUACAUCCUGGAUGGCUAUUCUUACAUAAGUCGCCGAAAUGCGGUUUUCAGGCUACACUGCAGCUCUAGAGCUGUGAACGAGUCUGCGUUAACACGAGUGCGGCGCGGGAGGUAAACGAUGAGGUAUUUUCUUCUUUUCUAUAGGUGACGGCAGGCAGCCUGAUUUGGGAUGCCACGGGCACGGGAACCUGAGACGGAAUGGUAGGCUACAACGGGAGGGCGGCUCGUUUUGUCUCGGCGAGGAGUGGAGCUGUGUAAACCAGACUGGGUGGAGCAACACAUCGCCCGCCCCAUCUAUCGUGCAGACGGCCUUGUGUCCCGUUUGCCUGGAGCUCGAAGAGAGACUACUGUACUGAAAGUCUGGCGGACAGAGAGAGAGGGGGCCGGUCUAUGGGAGGGACUAGCGCAAAGGGGGGAUUUGGAAGGAGGAGGGGGCGAGGAGGAGGCGGCACGGGUGCUGUUUCUCCAGUCUCUUUCCCCUGUCUUUGUCUCACACACUCUUUUGUUAGCCAUGCCUAGCCUGCUGGUUCUAGCAGGGAUCAUGGAGAAAAAUGGGGGCUACGCCGGGGAUCUGGCCGGCUCCGGCUUCGGAGGCGAAGGUCUCCUUGUGCCGCCCGACGAGGAGGAAGACGACUCCCGUGCCCUCAGGGUCGCGCUGGGCCAGUUGUCUCUGCUGGGGCUUGGGGAAGGCGAGGACGGCGGCGGAGCCCCAACAACAGGAGUACAGGACCGGAGUAACAAUAACAACAACCACCACAACCACACGAACAACGUCGGAGGUGGCGGAGACACGGCGAUUCUGCAAGGGAAAAGCAAGUUGUGCGCCCUGUAUGAGAGCUCCUCAAGUGAGACGAAAGGACGAGGCUGCAACAUAACAGAAUGCGUCCCAGUGCCCAGCUCUGAACAUGUGGCCGAAAUAGUGGGGAGACAAGGUUGCAAGAUCAAAGCCCUGCGGGCCAAGACCAACACCUACAUCAAAACCCCCGUUAGAGGAGAGGAGCCUGUGUUCUUAAUCACUGGCCGGAAGGAGGAUGUUGCACUGGCCCGCCGUGAAAUCAUCUCUGCUGCAGAGCACUUCUCCAUGCUCCGGGCAUCCCGCAACAAGCUGGGAGUGUCCUUUAGCGGCUCCCCGCCCACACCUUUGCCAGGUCAGACCACCAUUCAGGUGAGAGUGCCAUACCGUGUCGUGGGGCUGGUAGUGGGGCCUAAAGGCUCCACCAUCAAACGCAUCCAGCAGCAAACCUGUACUUACAUCGUCACUCCCAGUCGAGACCGCGACCCUGUCUUUGAAAUCACAGGGUCACCCAGCAACGCCGAGCGGGCCCGCGAGGAGAUUGAAGCACACAUCGCCUUCCGAACAGGAGGCCUGCACGACCACAAUAAUGAGAAUGACUGUCUGGGGCCGAAUGGUGGAAGCAGCCCAGCGGGCAGCAGCGGUGGUCUGGAGAGCCGGCUACAGCAGGUGUGGGGGCUGCAGGGGGGCCAGCGCAAGCCUCUCACCAGCAGCUACCGCCAGAACUUCUCAGAUGCCAUGGUUGGAGGGGGAGGAGGAGGAGGUGAGGGAGGGGGAAUCUACAACAAGAGCAACUUCUCCAGCUCCGGGGAGAAGCCUUGCUCUUAUUUUGGAUCAGAGGGUACCCAGAGCUGGGGUGAUCCCGACUACCCCAAACAGGUGGCCUUCUACGCCCAGCAGCGGUCCAAGAGCUUUGGAGGCCUCCCACUCCCCCUGACCAGACUCUCCCCUGGCUUAUCCGAGUCCUGCGGAGGUGGAAGCAACAACAACUCUUCAGUCACCAGCAUUGUGCCCGUAUCCGGCUCACCUCAUGCCCAGGCCCGCCGCGCCCACAGUGAGCCCACCUCAGCCGGCGAGGGUUUCCCAGGCCGUCUGCCAGUGCCGGACUCGCCACCGGCCACUGUGCGGGACUGCAUGACCUGCUUUGAAAGCAAAGUGACGGCUGCCUUGGUGCCCUGUGGCCAUAACCUCUUCUGCAUGGAGUGUGCCAUCCGAAUCUGUGAGCUCAACCACCCGGAGUGCCCAGUGUGCCACACCCAGGUCACACAGGCCAUCCGAAUAUUCUCUUAAGGAACCACAUCAGUUUUUAUCAUUAGUUUUGUCAGUGUUCGUUCAAUAAUUAUUUACUGUUAUUAUGAUUAUUAUUAUUAUAAAACACAUUUUUGUUUUUCAGAAAAUUUACAAACAAUCAAGCAGAUAUUUUAGAAGGCACUGCUUGCUUUACUAAAAAGUAUAAGAAAUAUUUUUGUUUUUCUUUUAUAUAUAUAUAUGCAUAUAUAUUUUAUAAAAGUUUUGUUUAUAAGAGAAGUAUAGUACCUUGCAUUUUCAGUUUUUUUGACUGCUGCUGUUUUUCAUUCAUGAAUCACAGUGUAGGCAGAGGUAGACAGUAAUGUGAACAUUUUAUUAUUCAAAUUUUUUAUUUUACCAUGAAGUGGGUUUAUAUGGAAGGAAGAAGAUGAUUGUUGAGGUACCUAAUCUGCACCUGACUGACCCAGAAAGUUAAUGUUGUUAUCAGAAGGAAAAAAACAGAAUUUCCAUUGCACCUUACAAUCAUCUUGGUCUAAAAUAGGAUUUGUAAUCGUACCUUGACAUUUUGGGAGCUGAUGUGAAGGUGAAUUCUGCUUUUUCAGUUUUUACUGUGAUUGUGGUUUGAUAUAAUUGGCCCAAAUAGAUAUUCAUUUUAGCUUAAUGAAAAUGUGAAUAGAUUGGUUCAAGUCAAAGCCUUGUAAACUUUACAAGAAAACAAAAGACAGCCCCCUUAUUUCAUUUUUACACCUUAGUCUUAUACACCAGAUUGAUGCUACAAAUAGGACAUUGCAUCAUUUAUUUAUGCUAAUUGGUUACAUUUUGUUGGUAUCAUCAUUCACAGGGAUAGAUGAAAGUUGUAAGAAGUAUCAGUAACCAGUUUCCAGUAACCAUUGGUUACACUUUGGUCACUGCAGUUUGUUGAAAAGAUUCAGCAAUGCUUGCUCCUCGUGGCACUUGAAAAGCAUGUGGUUGGCUUAAAGCACUGAUUUAAUUUGAGGCCGAAAGCCUUGGAAUUCAUCCAGUUGGCUAGUUCUCGAUAUCUGUCUCCCCAAUGGACUUGUUUCAAAGCCACCUUAACCAUGCUUUAUUGUCUUGUGUGGUCAUUUGGCCACAGUCGCUGAACGAUAUAGGACACUGCAAGAGCUCCAGUCAACAAGCAUUUCAACGUAGACAGUGUAAAUAAAGAGGAGAAUUGGUAUGUGGACAGAAGCCGAGUAAAACAUUUCCUGAAUCAGCAGCAGACUCCGAUUUAAAAUAGUUUACACUGUAAAAUACAGAGUCUCAAAUCAGUAAUCCUUACUCCACGUCCCCCAUUAUGUGUGAGCUCCGAGGGGCCAGCUGUCUCCCCUGCAAUUAGCAAAGCUGUACAGGAGCAGGUGUUUCAUGGCACACUGUAGCUGUGACCCCAAGUUGGAGGUCUCGCCUAGCACCCUUUCUUUCUCUCUUUUCUUUGGGAGUGGCUUUUAUGUCUCCCCCUGCUUACAGUUUGAUCGUUUGCUUUCGAAGGCCUCUCUGACUGGGGCGUAUUGUCUGGGCCCGGUAGCGGCGUGGGCUGCAGAGUGCUCGGACACGGCCUGGUUCUACUCAUUGAUAAUUAGGCAAAUGGGUUGGUCCAGGUGCGGACCGUGUGGGGACUCUGGAGCUGUAUGAGGGGUACGACAGGGUCCCGCAGCGAGCCCCAUACUUCCCCGCCUCACUGUUACAAGCACAGAGGGGGCUGGAUGGUCGGGAUGCAGCUGGGCGAAUAGGACCCCCUCCUUCCACUCCCUCUUGCCCCUUCCUCCCCCCUUUUCCUCUCCUUUUCUGCUGCUCUGAGCUAUCCCUACUGGGGAGAGGGGGCCUCUUUUGUCCCAAAACACACACACACACACACACACACACACACACACACACACACACACACACACACACACACACACACACACACACACACACACACACACACACAGAAUUUGAAAGACACUAGCUGAAUUUGGCAGCGCCUGUGAAAUGAGGGGAGGUUUAGGAGCAAAAUAAAUUAUCUACAGUUAUCAGGAGACACCCCAGUUACCUGUUUUCAACGUUAUUUUGCCGUUGAUUCUUUUCCAAAUUAUGAAAAUGUACAUGUCACAUACAAAAGAGAGAUUGCGUGAUCUCAUCACACGGGGUGCAGCAUUAACUCCCCCUACACUCCCCAACAGCACCAUCCUGAAAUUUGGAUAGGGGUCCUGUUUGUGUGACAGCGCCAGUGCAGAUCAUGUCAGCUCGCUACUGUAUGGGACACAUCCUGCAGCUGCCCCUUCACUAUGGACACCCGGGCUUCAGCCAAUGGCAGCCCCCCCCUCGCUUUGAGCUUCCAGAAUGAAAUCAGACAAUUGUAAUUGACAGGAAAGCAGAGGAAACGCCCCAUUUAACCAGCACUCAUGCUGAAUCAAAUUACACACCCUCUGCGUCUGCCUUAGCCCCAGCCUGGGGAUUUCUGAGGGCUGGAGGAGAGCGGAUGGGGGUAGGGAUUAAAGCUGUUGAGUGAUAGGAGGGAAGGUAGUGGGGGUGAGAAAGAGAGAAGUAUGUUCCAAAAAAAUGAAACUGUGCAGAUCUAGAAAUUGUAUUGAUCAUUCAAGUCCUGCAGCAAGUUUUGAGUUGUCUCAUGUGGGCCAGUGCUGAUGACAGGAAACCUUUCUUGUGUUGUAUUGGAGAACUUUUCAACUCGGCUUCUGUCUCAAAAAAAUGUAUCAACCAUUACAGAUUGUGUCUUCCAGGACACAAAAGCCACUGCUUUCAAAAAACAAAGAUAUAAAGCAGACCACUCGCAUUAUGUGUGGACUGCAGGGAGAGCACCGUACUUGCAGAAAGUAUCCUGAAAUUUAUCAGAUGUAGAAAUAAAGAAUAGUUAUGAUUUUAUGGAUGGAGAAAUUGCACAGUGGUUUGGCCUAAGCUUUCAACAUCAAAUUCAAGGCAGUAUGACACUGUUCUUUGAACUUUUGUAUUUUUGUUAUUUUGUUUUCUGCCUAUAUAUUUUUUAUUCAAAUAUUGCCAUUACUUUGGCAUACAAGGUAGCAACUUUGGCCUUUUGAUAGAACCGCCCCCAUAAACAACUUUUAAAGUUCUUAUUUUUGGAGAAAAGAAUGUGAAUCAAACUGCUUGGGUGGGGAUAAGAGGGAUUCAGGAAAUUAGGCUCUUAAAACAAUUACAUUAUAGAGUAAAGCACCUUAUUACAAAACAUGCGCAUUUGAUUAAUACCAAACCGACCAGUGAUGGUGAAGUACAUUUCAUAGAAUUUGAAAGACAUGCACAUAAGGAUUCCCUAUCAUUUUUUUGUAUUAUGGUGGUUCUUGUUGUUCUUAAUACUACAGUAGUACUAGUGGUCAUGUGGGAGACCUCUCAUCCAUUUAGUCAGUGCUAAUGACUUGGUUGGGUUUUGCACUGGCUUAAUGAAGAGAGGGCUUAUUGGAGAUUCUCCCUGUUUAGACGCUGUAUAAGUUAAUAAGUAUUGUACUUUAUGGAAAGCACUCUGAGCAUCUAUGUAAAUACAGUAAGUGUAUCAGUUAUGAACAUCCAAAGGCCUGCUUGAAGUGAGGUUUUGAUUAUUUUUUACAAGCUGAGGGUGUCAUUGUCAAUGUUUUAGCAUAUGGAAUUCAAAAUGUCUCUGAGUUUUAGGGAGAGUAAAUCUUUUAUAUAUGCGUCCCAUCAUCUGUUUUGACUAUAAUAGUAUAUUAGAUAGAUCCAUACAUUUAAGAAAAAUUAUUUAAACUGAUUAACUUAGUAUUUCAUCCAAAUAUAUAGAUGAUAAAUUAACCAGACACUAUUAUAAACUGUAAUAAUGAAUAUCCUUUAUGAUGCCGCUGAUGUAUAAAUCAAAUCUCAAAUAAAAACUGGAAUGAAUAGUAUGUGUAAUAACCCCUAAUGAAUAAAUCAGUUUCUAUGUAUAUUAGGAUGAAAAGCAAUAAUAGGACUAUACUGGGACAAUAAACAGAGGAGCCUGCUUAGUCAGUUCUUUAAAUAAUAUUCUAUUCAGAAAUUGACCUUGAUUAUUAGGAUGAUACCAUUGCAUUUCUGUCUCAUAUCUGCUUAAAAUUCAUUAUGGAUUCAUGCCAGUGUAGAAACAGAGAUAUAAUUAAUUAGUAACAGUUUCAGGAUAAGUAAUUGUUCUUGUUGUGUUCAUCAGGGUCUUAAGUCAUUUUGAUUGCUUAAUUAUUUUUAUUUUUUUACGUUGAAUAUCAAUCAGGUCCCAGGGUGGGUCAAGGAUUCCUUCCCCUGAAAUGAUAAAACUGCAAUUUCUGUGACUUAGAGGAAAUCUUAUCGCGCUGUAAAAGUGAUCUGUCAAGUGUAAACAAACAAGAGCAGAGCAUAAGCACCGAGGUCUGUCCUGUUUGUUAAAAAGCAGGAGCUGGUGAUUUUGCUUAUGGCAGACUGAUGUCUCGAAGGCUUUGGUCAAAAACACAGCAGUGAGAAGAAGAGGGCAGGACAAACAUGAUAUGAUGUGCUGUACCAGUCACUCAUGUUGAUUCUUUACCCUCAUUAGUCCUUAAGUUGCAUACAAGGGCAGAGGUGUUACUUAUAGCAUAUCUAUUUACAUAGUAAUAUGUUUCAUGACUCUAUUUUAUAUUUGUUUUGCAUCUACUUUUUUUUUUUCAUCUGUAUUGUUUUUGAAAGAAAAAGGUCAGACAUAGCCAAAGAACAAAACACAUGAAGAGGACUUAUCACUUGAGUUAACUUAUUUUAGCAUCAAAAUCAACUUGGUUAAAGAGUUUAUCAAAUCAGGAUUAUUAAGAAAUAAUCUCAUAGCUAGAAUUACUCUGUUUACCCAAAAGUCUUAGAGGCCACUCAAUCGAUAUCUGUGAAAUGAAGGCAUAUCAUGUUUCAGUGUUGUAAGAUUAGUUUAAUACUACAGAGGCGCCGGUAACAGACUUACUUCUCCCCAAAGAGAUCAGCUUAAAGCACAUCCUGGCACUUACACACUCCUUUGAGUAGUUUUUCUAUUGUCAUGGUUAGGUCAAUGGGAGAAAAGCAGUCCAGUGAAUGUCUUAAUCGUUCUGAAAAACUUGCCUGAUUUGGUUGAGUUGAGCUAAAAAAGGACUGCCCACGUAUUUAAAAAAUAUAAAACAGACUGUAAUGACAAUGACAAGCCAGUGAAAAUUCAGGCUGAAUUCCUAAUUUUUAAGACCCUCAGAGUAAACCGUGAAGGAUUAGAUGUUAACAAGGUGGCAGUGUGAUAGCGAACAAAACAGCACUGUGGUUUUAGUUAAUAUCGUUUAGAGAGCCAUUAACUGUAUCCUUAAGUUUAACUGCAUGUUAGUAAAAUAUAGUACAGUAGGUAAGAUGUAUCAGGAAAAAAAGUUAAGAUCUCAUAAAGAAUUCAUCAGCCUGAUACUUGAAGUGUAUAAAAAGCUUUAAGACCUUUAAGUGAACAUCGGUUUAAAAUCAUAUAUUUACCGUGUAGUUUAACUAAUUGAUACAUUAAGUUUAAUUAUGAUUCUUAAGAAUAUGCUAAGGUGUAAGUUUCAUUUGUCCAGCACACCCAAUAUGAAAAAGUUUUUAAUUCAGUGGAGCAACAAAGGGGUGGAGUGUCUCAGUGACAUUUGAUUCAUUAAGUUCUUGUUAGUAUUAUUUACGAUAUUGUAUUAAGCUUACUAUUAUAGUAAUGGUAGAAACUGUUGAUGUUUUUUCUUCUCUUGAUAUGAAAAGGUCUUUAUGCAUUUAUGUAGAAUCCCUUUUAAGGAGUGAUAGGAAAUCCUUAUUUUCAAUGGAUGCACUUAAGCAAUUGUACCAACCUGUCUAAAUCACACAUUGAGCAAGUAAUGCAUUUGAAUGUUUAAAAAAAAAAAACAAAAAAAAAACACAACUCAAUGCACUCCUUAUGCUUAUUGUUUUGUCAAUUUACAAGUGAGCUUUAAGUUUUUGUUUGUUUUAUGGAGAGAAUUUGCGGUUUUCAACGUAGACUAUAUUUGAGUUCUUCCACAUACAUUUAUAGAAAGUAACUUAAAAUGAAUUUAAAAAAAAAAAAUAUUACAGUUUCUCAAAUCUAUUUUGCUAACAUGGGUUAUUAUUUCAUAGAAAGCAGAGGAAAAAAAAAAGUCAGUAUCUGGAUGUUAUUUAUGAAAAGUAAAAAAAAAAAAAA